GCGUGCGCAGCUCCGCCCGAGCCUGAGAAGGCGGAGCUCCCUUCUGUGUAGGGCGGAGCGCGCUUUCCUCCUGCCCUCCUGGGGCUGCCUUGGGUCCCAGGGAAGUGAGACGUCGAGGGUCUCUGUUCCCGGAGGAGGGCGUCUUCCUCGAGGGCUUCCGAGCGGAGACUCAGCCAUGCCGAACUCGAGGCCCAGACCCCGCCGCGGCGCCGGGGGUGGCGCAGGGGCGGCCGGCCGGGACCGGCUGGUGGCGCGGUCCUUGCAGAGCGCUGAGCACUGUCUGGGCGCGCAGGACUUCGGCACUGCCUAUGCCCAUUACCUGCUGGUGCUCAGCCUGGCGCCGGAGCUCAAAGACGACGUGAAGGAAACUUUUCAGUAUACACUUUUCAAGUGGGCUGAAGAGCUUGAUGCACUCAGUCGAAUACAAGACUUACUUGGUUGCUAUGAGCAGGCCUUGGAACUAUUUCCUGAUGAUGAAGUGAUUUGCAAUAGUAUGGGAGAGCAUCUCUUCAGAAUGGGCUUUCGAGAUGAGGCAGCUGGGUAUUUUCAUAAAGCAGUGAAGCUCAACCCUGAUUUCAGUGAUGCAAAGGAGAACUUUUACCGUGUUGCAAACUGGUUGGUGGAGCGCUGGCACUUCAUCAUGCUUAAUGACGCCAAGAGGAACAGGGUUUAUAAUGCAGCCAUCCAGAAGGCCGUGUGCUUGGGCUCCAAAAGUGUUCUGGAUAUUGGCACAGGAACUGGAAUACUGAGCAUGUUUGCUAGACAAGCUGGUGCGCACUCCGUGUACGCCUGUGAAUUGUCCAGGACCAUGUAUGAGCUCGCCUGUGACGUCGUGGCGGCAAACAAGAUGGAGACUGGGAUUCAGCUCCUCCACAUGAAGUCACUUGAUAUAGAGAUUCCAAAACACAUUCCUGAAAGAGUGUCCCUAGUUGUAACAGAAACUGUGGAUGCAGGUGUGUUUGGAGAAGGAAUUGUGGAGAGUUUAAUUCAUGCAUGGGAGCAUUUACUUCUGCAACCAAAGACCAAAGGAGAAAAGCGAAAUUGUGGACAGUAUGGGAAAGUUAUCCCAGCAAGUGCUGUUAUAUUUGGGAUGGCAGUAGAGUGUGCAGAGAUCCGAAGAUACCACAGAGUGGGCACUACGGACAUUGCUGGUGUCCAUUUGCCAGCAAAUGUGAAAUUUCAGAGCCCAGCCUACUCUACUGUAGAUAGUGGAGAAGCAGUUGAACCAUAUACAACUGAGAAGAUGAGUCGGAUCCCUGGAGGGUAUUUGCCUCUGACAGAGUGCUUUGAAAUUAUGAAAGUGGAUUUCAACAGUCUUCAGAGAAAAAUGACCAGCUGCUGGCGCUGCGUCCUCGGGUCGCGCUGUGGUUGAGGCUCCUCGCAGCUUGGCCUCAGAAAGUGCAUCCUGUGAAGUAUCUGUGUCUUCUAAGUCUUGAUGUUGGCCUGUAUCAGGAGGUUCCUGUUCUUCUGGGAUAUCAGUGACAAUGUCUUCACAUGACUUGGAUGCAGCGGCUGCAUUCUGUAAAGUAAUCGAGUGUCCAAAGGCCUGAUGCCCCGGCCAGCGGGGUGUCAACGGGGGCGACCCACCUGCGGGAGAGAAUGAGAGGGACGGGUGAGACACGAAAGGACGACAGCAAGACAGUGUGUUCUGAUCAAGCUGCAAAUUUUAUUCUCCUCAGCAAGGGUUAUAUAGCAGGAGAGGGGGCAGGAAGGAGGGAAGGGGUGCAUGACGUGCCAUACGCGCAGGUGAAGGGGGACGUGCAGGUGAAGGGCUACGUGCAAGAAGUCGUGAGGCUGCAGGUGGUAAGGUCACUGGUCAGGGCUCAUUUUUUUGUUGCUAUGCCCUCUCAUUGUUUUCCCUUUAAGACAAUAUAAAUUUAUUAGCCAAAAGUUAA